CGAGUUGUGAACCUUCGUUCACAGUUGGCAACUCGUGUGUCAAACGUGGCGUGUAGGUUAAGUUUAUGUUCACAAGAAAGUUUCCUUGUGGUAUUCGAUUUGUUUGGCUCAAUCUCAGUUUACCUAAUUAAUUAGUUGACAAUAUAAUUUAAAAAUGACUUACAUAAAAACGUGGGAGGACUUUGAAAAGGCAGGAGAACGUUUAUACCUUCAGGAACCGACUAAAGUGCGAUAUACAAUGAAGUACACUCAUUCAAAGAACCAGCUUAUACUGAAGAUGACUGAUGAUGUUGUAUGUUUACAAUUUAAAACAGAGAUUGCUCAGGAUGUUAGGAAAAUUGACAAAUUCAUUAAUAAUUUGAUGCGACAUAUGGCUUCCAAGGAACACUAGUUAUAUUUAUAUGAUAUUAUAUUAAUACUCCAAUAAAUUAUAUUGGAAGUUUUGUAUGUACUGCCAUAUGAAGAAGAGGCAUGGCACUAUGUGGUGAAUUGUGUGCAUAAUAUUAUUUGUAUGGAUGAUAUUUUGGUUACAAAUUUUUCAUUGUAUUUAAAUAAUAAAUUUAAGUUUCCCCAG